UGUAAAAAAAUUUAGACUUCUUGACCAAAAAAAAUUAAUAUUUACCUUGCACCCUUAUUAUUACUUAUCUAGCCUACCUAGCAUACAAUACAAAACAUAUAAAUAGAGACAAAGCUUGUUAGCCUCAACAUUACUCAAACCUGAUUUUUUUAUUUUUUUUUUCUUACUCAAAAUAUUUACCUUGUGGCUAUAUAACAUUUGAUGUUAAGACAUUGCAUGCUGUGGUUGUCUUGGUCUUAUCUUAAUGCAAAAUACUAUACGAUUAAGAAAACUGUUCUUUAUAUACAUAUAUACAUGGCUUUGCAUGGAUCAAAAAUAUUUAGAAGGGACAUGAAAUGGGUUCUGAUUUCUUUUAUUCUUCUUUCAGCCUAUGUUACUUCUUCUCAUCAAUACACUAGCCAAAAAACAACACCAGCUUUCAAUGACACCAAAGGGGUUGAUCAUGCUAAUGAUCAUGCUAAAGUAUUUUACAAACACACUUGGCCGGGAAUGAAAUUUGGGUGGAGAAUAAUAGUUGGUACCAUAAUUGGAUUUCUAGGAUCAUCAUUUGGGACUGUGGGAGGUGUUGGUGGGGGUGGCAUUUUUGUGCCCAUGCUUACCCUUAUUAUUGGAUUUGAUGCAAAAUCAGCAACAGCAAUAUCAAAAUUCAUGAUUACAGGAGGAGCAGGAGCAACUGUUUUAUACAACUUGAAGAAAAGACACCCAACACUUGACCUUCCUGUGAUUGACUAUGAUCUAGCACUCCUUUUCCAACCAAUGUUAAUGCUUGGAAUCAGUCUUGGUGUUGCUUUCAAUGUCAUUUUUCCUGAUUGGAUGAUAACAUCUUUGUUAAUUAUAUUUUUCACUGGCAUUUCAAUUAAUGCUUUCUUAAAAGGUGUUAGCACAUGGAAAAAAGAAAGUCUUACUAAAAAGGAAGCUAAGGAGAAAUCACAAUUAAAUGAUACUAGAAGGAUAGAAGAUGCAACACUAGAUCUUCAAGCAGAAGAAUCAGUAAAUGAAAGUCAAACCAAUACUAAUCCACCAAGGAAAAAGGUUUCUGUUAUUGAGAAUGUUUAUUGGAAGGAACUUGGACUUCUUUUUUCUGUCUGGAUCAUGAUACUUGCAUUACAGAUAGGAAAAAAUUACACAACAACUUGCUCUGUGGCAUAUUGGAUAUUGAAUCUACUUCAGGUACCUGUAGCUGUAGGGGUAAGUUCAUACGAGGCUGUGCUUUUAUACAAAGGGAAAAGAGUUAUAGCUUCGAAGGGAGAUCAACAAACAAAUUGGAGUGUAAAGCAGUUAAUUCUAUAUUGUUCAAUUGGCAUAAUUGCUGGCAUUGUUGGUGGUUUACUUGGUCUUGGUGGUGGAUUUAUCUUAGGACCACUUUUCAUUGGACUAGGAAUCCCUCCUCAGGUAUCAAGUGCUACAUCCACUUUUGCAAUGACAUUUUCAGCAUCUAUGUCUGUGGUGGAAUAUUACCUUCUCAAACGUUUUCCUAUUCCAUAUGCACUAUACUUUGUCGCCGUGGCCACUAUUGCUGCACUUGUUGGGCAGCAUUUGGUGAGAAAACUUAUUGCCUUAUUAGGGAGAGCAUCAAUUAUCAUUUUCAUCCUAGCCCUCACAGUUUUUGUGAGUGGAAUAUCAUUAGGUGGAACAGGCAUAGCAAAUCUGAUUAAAAGGAUUGAAAACAAGGAGUACAUGGGAUUUGGAGACCUAUGUACGUAUCGGGUUAGGAAUUAAAGUUCAAUGUGUUGAACUUAAGUAUUUACUUGACAAUAUUUAGUGUUGUAAAGUUGGUAUCAAAAAGGCACAAAGUGUGCUUGGAAAUUAGCAUUUCAGGCUUGCGGUAAGUGUAAGCUGGCUCUGCAUUAAAGAUGCGUCUGAUUGCAAACCAACUGUGUUCAAACUGUACAAACAUCUAUCUUUUUUAUCAUGACAAAGAAGAAAGAACAUGUAAUAACAAUA